AAAAACGGUGUCGUCAAGCGCCGCUUCUCUGGUGCCAAGUGAAAACAGAGAACCCUAUUAUUCUCGCCGUUGUUGGAAGCAGAGCAUAGAGGUGGAUAGUGGUAGUCGUAGUAGGCAUGGAGGAGGAAGCGGAAGAAACGAAGAGCGCAGUGAGAAUAUUCGUCGGAGGAUUGGCGGGAGCCGUGAGCGCCGAAGACCUUCGAAGCUUAUUCGCGUCUCUGGGCUCCGUCCAAUCCGUCCAAACCAUCCGAACCAAAGGUCGCAGCUUCGCCUACCUCGACUUCCUAUCCGACCCCAAAUCCCUCUCCAAGCUCUUCAGCAAGUAUAAUGGGUGUCUGUGGAAGGGUGGAAGGCUGAGGCUGGAGAAGGCCAAAGAAGACUAUCUUGUGCGUUUGAAGAGAGAAUGGGAACAAGGCGCUCUAGAUGAUGCUACUCAAAAACCACCUGCUGCUGCUAUUGAGGAGGAAAUUCCCAGCACCACACACUCUUCCGAGUCAAAUACCAAACACCUCAAUAUUUUCUUUCCCAGAUUGAGAAAGGUGAAAUCCAUACCAUUCAGUGGAACUGGCAAGCACAAAUACAGUUUUCAGAAUAUUAAAGUUCCUCUACUCCCUGUGCAUUUUUGUGAUUGUGAGGAGCAUUGUAGUCCUUUUGUCCCUGAAAGAGAAAAACUAUCUAUUGAUAGGGCAGCUGAUAGUGGUGCAAUGAAUGAUGAAGAGAUUAGCAUAAUGAAUGCUGUGAUGAACAAGCUAUUGGGAAAACAAAAGGUUUCCAAUGCCAAGAAACUUGGAGAGGAGAAGGGUUCUUUUGAAUCACCUGAUGCUUUACAUUCUGAUGAAUGUGAAGAUAGUGCAACAGAUGAAGAUGAUCUCAUUAUCAACGUGGAGACAAAGAAAAAUAAAACAGCUUUAACAGGGGACGAGGAACUUCAAAGGAUCUUGGAAAACCAGGAAUCAUGGUUGAAUAAGACAAAAAUUGCUAAGGAAGAACCCAACAAGAGCAUGCCUCCAGUGCAAAAAAGGAGUAAUAGCAAUCAUGACAAGAACAAGAAGAGAAAAUCACUUCCCAAAUUGGAAGUGUCUACUACCCCUGGAAGCAAGAGUAAUAUGCAGAUGCUUCCAGAUGAGGUAGGAUCUGGUGCACAGCCUACUGAACUAGAAGAUGAUUUUGGGGAAAAAGUUUCAUGGUCUCAGAAGUCUUCAUGGAGAGAACUUCUUGGUGACAAAGGCAAUACUUCUUUCAGUGCUUCUCUCAUAUUGCCAAAGUUGGACUCUGGUGAGAGUCAACAAAGAUCUGACGAUCAAUCCACACCCGUAUCUACAAACAAAAAAACUGAAAACAUGGAAUGGGAUGGGCACCUAGGGAGCAAACCUACGAAUCCACACGUGAUAGAGGAGCUUGUGGAAGCUCAACCUACCAAUAAACAAGUGAUUGAAGAUGUUACCAAUAAUAAGCAUAAUGUGGCAGUGGCACCUAAUAAGACAGGUCGAGGAUCUUCAUGGCUGCAAAAACAAUCCUGGACACAAAUGGUUAGUCAGAAUAACAAUUCAUUUAGUAUUUCAAAUAUUUUUCCUGGCAUUACUUUCCCAGAGCCAAUGGCCACGGAGCCCAUUGUGGAACCUGCCAUUUCCAAUGAUUGUAAGCAUAAUGGUGUAGCUAAGGAUACUGUUAAUGAAGUUGUCAGUGAUGGGUUUAGCUCAAGGGAGACUAUACCAGUAAAGAGUCAGCAUACUGGUGCCGAUGACAUUGCUUCUGCUUCAGUAGUUGAGGAAAAAGUUGAAACAAGUCCAAGAGAAAAAUCCUCUGAAAAUGUUGAAAUAGGCGAAACUUGCUCAUUUAUGAGAAGUGCUGCAUCUUUGAAGGAAUGGGCAAAAGCUAAGGCUGCUAUGAGUGGAUCACUCAAAAGAAAACGUGGUCAGAAGGAAGAUCAGAAGGCUUAGAUAAGGCGGAAAUAUGACGGUUGAGCUACAUUACCUUUCACAUGGUUUGGUGCAGUAUCAUAUCCACUGUCAGUUAUUGUUUUCUUAGUGCUAGCAGAUGAAAGUGAAAGGUAAUGAAGGGAAAACUAAUUUCCAGACACUUGGAUAAAAGCAAAAUGAUAUUUGCACUGUGGACACCAUUGUCCACACUUUUCUUCAGUAAAAUCUAAUCUGGCUUGGACUGGUCCGAUUGAGAGCUGGUCUAAAUUGGUUGUUGGAUCUGAAAUCGUUUGUAACCAUUGUGAUCCAGUAUAACAGGGUCAGUUUUCCUAGUGGACCAAUGAUUCGACCAGUCGAACUAGUCUGAGUGAAUUGGUGACCUGGUGGGUUUCCAAGUGAAUUGGUGUAUUCUGAAUUUUUUGAAAAUUUUAAGGUAUAGUGUGGACUUUUUAAGUCUGAAUUUUAAAGGUAUGAAUUUUUUAAAUUUUUUUUAUUUGGUUCAUGUGGUUCGACAAGUAUAUUGAAAUUUGUAAGUUUUCUUGUUUUGUUACCCGAAAAGGAAGCAGCGGAAGGAUGACGAAAGAAAUUACAAUAAAGUUAACAUUGUUGGUGAAAAA